AUGAGAGACAUCCGGGAGCGCAAACGCAGCAGCAUCAGGAGCAUCGCCAGCACCGACGCCAGCAGCAGCAGCAGCAGCAGCAGCAGCAGCAUGUCCCGACGCAAGCAAGCCAAGCCGCAGCACCUCAAGUCGGAAGAGGAGCCCGCGCUAGCAGGGGUGAUCUCCGAGCACGGCCCGGCCAGCCAGGUCCUGCCGCUUGGUGUCAACCACCUUAUUAUUGAUUGUGGUUAUGUUAAAAGAGCGAGGAAAAAAAAUCAAAGGUUAAAUCUGUGCAGCAGUGCAGUGCAAAAUAUGUGUGGAUUCCUUAUUGAUUAUUUAUUCAUUAAUUUUCCUUUUUGCUUCCCUCUCCCUCUUUUCCUAUCCACUCUCUUCAACCCCUCCCCUCCUGUAGCCCGAGGCGAUGUGCUGGAGGAUGCCGACAGCGGGAAUGAGAGCCGCAGCGGCAGUGAGGAGACCCAUGUGUGUGAGAAGUGUUGCGCUGAGUUCUUCAAGUGGUCAGACUUCUGUGAACAUUUAAAGAGCUGCACCAAGAACCCCCUGGUGCUCAUAGUGAAUGACAAUGAGGACACACCAAUCCUCUCCCAGGAGUACCCUACAGAGCCCUCCCCUGUACCCAGCUGCCCUAGUGAGCAGGCUGACAGCGAGGACCCCAGGGAGGGCAACCACAGUUCUGCUGGUGAGGGGGAUGAUGUCCCAGAGACAGCAACCUUAAAUGGGGUUAAUGUCCUAGAAAAGGAGGAUGAGCAGAUGGAGCUGGAGCUGGAGCUUUCUCCUGAAAAAAUGAUGGAUACUGAAGAGAGAGAUUUGACAUCCCCUGAGCCAGAUGCCACCCUACCUCAGCUCAACGAUGUCGUCCCCUCCACUGUUACAAACUAUGCCAUGCCAAGCACCAAUGUUACCUUGGAGACUCUUCAUGGCACCCGGGUCGCAGUGGCCCAAUUUUCACAGAGUGUAAGGGCAGCAGCAGGCAGUGGGGUCUCCACCAUGGCUAUCCCCAUGAUCCUGGACCAGCUGAUGGCCCUCCAACAGCAGCAGAUACACCAGCUGCAGCUGAUAGAGCAAAUACGGAGUCAGGUGGCUCUGAUGAACAGACAGUCUGCCUCACAGCCCGCUCUCAAUCACCAUCACAGCAAUGCUGCUGGAAACCAGGGGCCUUUGUCCUCCUGUGUCCCCCCUGUCGCCAGUCAACUUCAACUACACAACUUCAUCACCCCUCCUGUCCAUCAGAUGCCUGUUAGGUUGCCAGCCACUCUCAAUGGCCAAGGGUCUUCCCCCUUGACCUCAGCAAUAGAUGGGCCUCUCUCUCAGACACCACAUAGUGGCAGUCAGCAGUCUAACUCUUCAAUCCCUAACACAUCCUCAAAUAAUUCAGCAUAUCCCCAGCCCAGUGGCACUGGUUUGUCAUCUCUAAUUUCCUCCUGCUCAUCCUCCAUCGCAAGCAACAUUAUUAGCACUAGCAGUAGUCUAACAGGAGGUGGUGGCAUUAGCAGCAGCUCAGCUCUUUCCAGGAACUCCACCAGCCCUCUCUCACUCAGCCACAGUAGCCUCAUGAGCUCGGCCUCCAAUCUACCACUGAUGCCUCACAGCUCAUCCAGCAGUGUUAUCUUCCCCAACCCCCUGGCCAGCAUAGCAGCCACAGCCAAUGCGCUUGACCCCCUCUCUGCUCUGAUGAAGCACCGCAAGGGGAAGCCUCCAAAUGUGUCUGUGUUUGACACUAAGCCCAGCUCCGAGGACCCCUUCUUCAAGCAUAAGUGUCGGUUCUGCGCCAAGGUGUUUGGCAGUGACAGCGCCCUACAGAUCCACCUGCGUUCCCACACUGGAGAGAGGCCCUUCAAGUGCAACAUAUGUGGCAACCGUUUCUCCACCAAGGGGAAUCUGAAAGUCCACUUCCAGAGGCACAAAGAGAAAUACCCACAUAUUCAGAUGAACCCCUACCCUGUGCCAGAGUAUCUGGACAAUGUACCCACAAGCUCAGGCAUCCCGUAUGGCAUGUCUUUGCCCCCAGAAAAACCUGUAACCACAUGGCUAGACAGCAAACCUGUCCUCUCUACUUGUCCCACCUCAGUCGGACUCCAGUUGCCUCCCACACUGCCGAGUAUGAUGGGAGGUUUUAGUGAAUCCCUGAGCCUCACUCCACUCAACAGGUCUCCUCAGAGGCCGUCUCCACCCUCAAGCGAGUGUGCAUCUUUGUCCCCUAAUAUCAUCACUGACUCUGGCAUGAUCACUACUUCACCCUCCCCAAAACCCAGCAUAGGGAGUGAUGCACCCCUUCUCUUGAAACCUGAAGGUGUUCUCUUGCCCCCAAGCUGCUCCUCUUGGCCAGGAGAGAACACCACCACCACGACUUCAGUAACUCAAGUGGUUCUUUCUGCUACUGUCACUUCCACAACUUCAUCCAACAGUGGCCAGAUCACUGAACCAAUCAAUAGCCUAAACUCAGUCUCAAACUCUGUCUGCCACCCUGUCCUUCCCAUGCUUUCAGACCAAUUUAAGGCCAAGUUUCCUUUUGGCGGACUCCUAGACUCUAUGCAAACCUCCGAGACAUCGAAGUUACAGCAGCUUGUUGAAAAUAUUGACAAGAAGAUGACUGACCCAAAUCAGUGUGUCAUCUGUCAUCGUGUUUUGAGUUGCCAGAGUGCACUCAAGAUGCACUACCGUAUCCACACUGGUGAGAGGCCUUUCAAAUGCAAGAUUUGUGGGCGUGCAUUCACGACCAAAGGAAAUCUCAAAACACACUUUGGUGUCCAUAGGUCCAAACCCCCACUUCGGGUUCAGCACUCCUGCCCAAUAUGUCAGAAAAAGUUCACCAAUGCUGUCGUGCUGCAGCAGCACAUCCGUAUGCACAUGGGAGGACAAAUCUCCAACACCCCGCUUCCUGAAAGCCUCCAGGAUAUGGAGACAGACCUCUCCUUUGACGAGAAGAGCUUAGAUGCGAUGAGUAGUUAUGACGAUGAUCUUCUGGAUGAAAUGGAGCAGGCCAUGGAGGACGAAGUUGACUUGAGAGAGGGAGAAAUGGACCCAUCAAAACCGUAUUCACCUGGGAUUUCCCCACCACCUUCCAUCAUCUCCAGCAUUGCUGCAAUGGAGAACCAGAUGAAGAUGAUCGACUCCACUGCCAAUAUGAGCCGUUCGUUCGGUCUAAGGCCUACGCAGAAUGGCAGCAGCUUUGGAGGAGAGACUGAUUGUUUUACUACUGAUUCCCUGUCUGCAUUGGGAGAUGCUGAAGGUCAAAGCUUGGGGAGCCCUGCUUUGUCAGAGUCCUCUGGCUCAAUGCAGCAUUUGUCCCCAGCUCACAGCCACUUUGAGAGCCAGCGAUCCAAGUCCCCAACUACACUCAACAAUAAUAACAACAGCAGUGCCAUGACAGCAGAGGGGGGCCAGGAGAACAAUACAGCAGGCUUGGCAAAAGUGAAGUCAGAAAAACCAGAGACCCCCUCUCCUCUUUCUGCUACUGAAGGCACCGGGGCCCUUGACCUGACUGCCACUCAACAUGGCAGGCACUUUAUCAAGGAGGAGAGCCACUUCAACAUGCUGUUUCUAAAUAGGGAUCGAGGCCUGAGCACUGCAUCAAACAUGGUCAAAAUGGAAAUGAACGGACACGGGAAGUCAGUGUCACUGAGUGACAACUCUCACCUACCCAUGAGCAUCCAGGUUCCAGCUGCAGCACCACAGACCACCAUGAGCCCCAGCAUCAACCCCAUGUUGGCUCCGCCGCCUCCACGACGCACUCCUAAGCAGCACAACUGUCACUCGUGUGGGAAGAAUUUUUCUUCGGCCAGUGCUCUGCAGAUCCAUGAGCGCACACACACAGGGGAGAAACCUUUCGCCUGCUCCAUUUGUGGAAGGGCAUUCACCACAAAGGGCAACCUGAAGGUUCACAUGGGAACACACAUGUGGAACAACGCUCCGGCUCGAAGGGGUCGGCGGCUGUCUGUAGAGAAUCCCAUGGCCCUGCUGGGCGGGGAUGCCAUGAAGUUCAGCGAGAUGUUCCAGAAGGAUCUGGCGGCCCGGGCCAUGAAUGUCGACCCGGGUUUUUGGAACCAGUACGCAGCCGCCAUCACCAAUGGGCUGGCCAUGAAAAACAAUGAGAUCUCUGUGAUCCAAAAUGGGAGCAUCAACCAGCUGCCCGUGAGCCUCGGUGGUACGGGCAUCACCUCCUUGGGAGCCAUGCCUGGAGGAAUGGACCGUGUUCACACGGGGGGCAGCCCUUCAAUGAUAGGAAUGGAGAAGGCUGGUCUGGAAGUUGGGGCUAGCCGCCCCUUUUCAAGAUUUAUGGAGGAGAACAAAGAAAUCGGGAUCAAUUAAAAACCUGUAUUAUUCCCAGGUAGGCCUUUGGCAAAGACGAAGAGUCUGACGGCAAGGAAAGAAACUGCUGAUCCAGUCUUAACUCGUGUGUUAUAUUGUGUACAGAUUAAAUAUUUUUUGUUUGGUUUUGGAAAUACAGUAUUUAGUAUUGAUUAGAGGUCUUUGCCUUUCACUCAUUGCGUCCUCACUUGAUAUUUCGCCUAUACGAAGAAUACUUUGUUUCUCGUUUGAGAAUAUGUCGUCUUGCAAGAUUUGCAUGGUACUUAUUGGUUUUUAUUAGUAUGUUUGACUGCUUUUAUGAAUUUCUUUGAAAACCAGGAUCCUGCCUCAUUAACAAUGAGCAAGCAUCUGAUAUGGACAGGACUAAAAGUGAAAAGAACAUGGGUUUGUUUAAAGACAGUCUUGCCUUUGCCUGGGACCCUUGUCAUGGAUAGACUGAAGAAAAGACUCAAGUAUAGUGUUUCUGUGCUCGCCUGAUGUUUUUUUUCUCAUGAACUAGAAAACUUGAAAAAAAUAAUGUUUGAACUAUUUCAAUCUUUACAUUUAGUCCCCCAGCAUUGUCUUAUAAUAUUGUCCUGUGUCUUUAGUAUUUAUGAUAUCGACAAAAAAGCGGGUAUACAAAAAUAUAUUUAAUGGCCCAAGCAUUUUAUUGAUCCAUUUCUUUUCUAAACUGCAGGCUUCACUGGUGAAUAUCUCUUUCAAUAAAGACAAUAUGUCGUCUUGAGUUGAUCAACAGAGAAACAUAGUAGGUUUUAUUUGGAUAUCAGUUGAGACUAUCUGUAUCUGGUUACAUGGUAAAGAGGCUAGAGAUAUCCGAAGCUGCUAUGAACACAACCCUGCUUUUAACCUUUGUAAAAAGAAAAAAUAAGUGAUCCUUUUGAAGAAAUAUCUAUGUAUAGAAAUACAGACAAAUCUAAAACAGGUAUGCAUAUUUUGUAUCACAUAAAAAUAGACAUCAUGAGUUGAGAAUAUUUGUCAUGUUUGUGAAUGCACUUUUUAAAAACAAGACGUUUUGUCUGUGAUUUACCGUUAACCUUUUGACUGAGCUAUCUAUCACGUGCUGUUUUCAUUGUUUUCAGCGUACCACUCCUACAAUUUGCAGAGUCGUUUCUCUGUUAUUGCAUUUGUGCGACUCGUCAGAGUGCAGAGUCAUCACUCAAUCAAAACCUUCUUAAAUAAAAAAAGAGAACAGGUGUGUGUUUGAAUUGCUUCCUUAUCAGCACCAUGUUAGUCUUUCUUUGUCACCCUUUUAUUUCCAUAAAUCAAAAUUGAAAUACCAGAUUAAUACGUGAUAAUUUUCUUAAUUACCAUUCAUAUUUUAUUUAAACCUCUUCUAAUCUCCUUUUCUAAUGUAUUUAU